AUGUUUUACUUUCACCCUAACACUCCUUUCGUUCUAGCUGAACUCCGCCUUGAUGGUAGCCGCAACGGAAAUCAGGGCAGGCUGGAGAUCUUCCUAAAUGGUGAAUGGGGCAGGGUGUGUGACGAUGACUGGGAUCUACAGGACGCCCAGGUGGCUUGCAGGCAGAUGGGCUUCCCUGGUGCCAUUCAGGCUACUCAAGGAGGUAUAUCUUGGUUCGGAAAUGGACCAAUACUCCUUGACGAUGUCGCUUGUACAGGAUAUGAAACUGACUUGGAAAACUGUCAGCAUGGAGGGAUUGGAAAUCAUAACUGCUUUUUUUUCGAAGAUGCAGGAGUGAUAUGUAACCCCCGAGUUCGUUUGGUGGGCGGUUCAAAUAUUAUGGAAGGCCGCGUGGAGGUGUUCUGGAAUGGUGCCUGGGGGACGGUCUGUGAUGACUCCUGGGACCCGAAUGACGCAACAGUUAUCUGCCGGGAGCUGGGUUACGCAGGGGCGUGGGAGGCUCCCGGAUCGGCCACAUUUGGUGGGGGAGAUGGGCUGAACAUACUGCUCGAUGAUGUCGCCUGCACGGGCAACGAAAAGACGGUGUUCGAUUGCCAUCAUCGCGGUUGGGGGAAUGAAAACUGUGGUCACAUUGAGGAUGCUGGGGCUCGAUGUGUCGAUUUUCGUCUUGCUGGCAGUCGUUCAAAACUCGAGGGCAGAGUUGAGGUCCGUCUGAAUGGUGAAUGGGGCACGGUGUGUGACAACUCCUGGGGACUAGAGGACGCCAAGGUGGCUUGCAGGCAACUCGGCUUCCCAGUAGCCUUACGAGCUACACAGGGAGGGUCAUUCGGAAGAGGAAAUGGGUCCAUACACCUGGACAAUGUUGAGUGCACCGGUCUUGAAAAUAACCUGUUGAGUUGUCAGCACAACGGGAUUGGUGACCAUAAUUGUGCUCAUGGCGAAGAUGCAGGAGUCGUUUGCAGUAUAGGUAUAGUCCGUUUGGUAGGUGGUACCAAUUCAAUGGAAGGUCGCCCGGAGUUGUUCUGGAACGGUACCUGGUGGACGGUCUGUGAUGACUCCUUGGACCUGAACGUCACAACAGCUGUCUGCAGGGAGCUGGGUUAUGUAGGGGCAAGGGAGGCUCCCGGAUCGGCUCCCGCAGGGGGACUGAACACACUGCCAGAUGAUGUCGCUUGUAUCGGCUACGACGAGACGGUGUUUGAAUGCCAGCACAGUGGAUUAGGGACUGAUGAGUGUAAUCACAGACAGUAUGCCUGGGUUCGAUGUAUUGACCUUCGUCUUGUUGGCAGUCGCAGUACGGAAGGCAGACUUGAGAUCCGUCUGAAUGGUGAAUGGGGCACGGUGUGUGACGACUUCUGGGGACUACAAGACGCAAAAGUGGCUUGCAGGCAGCUCGGCUUUCCUGGCGCAACCGAGGCUACACCAGGCGGGUCUUAUGGAAGUGGAAGCGGACCCAUUCAACUCGACAAUGUCAUUUGUUCAGGAUCUGAACCUAGCUUGCUCUCUUGUCUGCAUGAUGGGAUCGGAGUCAGUGACUGCAGUCAUGGUGAAGACGCAGGAGUUAUUUGUCAGCCUCGAGUACAAUACAUUUUGGAUACAGUUCGUUUGGAAGGUGGUUCGAGUCCCAAUGAAGGCCGCGUGGAGGUGUAUGAGAAUGGUGCCUGGGGAACAGUCUGCGAUGAUGGCUGGGAUCUAACCGAUGCAAAUGUUGUCUGCAGGGAAUUAGGCUACGAGAGAGCAACGGAAGCAUUGGGAGGGGCAGCCUUCGGUCAGGGUGAAGGGCUGAAAAUACGGUCUUUUCUUAUCUGCGACGGUACCGAGGAGACAGUAUUGGGUUGUCGGCACUCGACGCUUAAUGCUCACCAUUGUUUGCAUAAUGAGGGUGCCGGAGUUCGUUGUGACCCAUGUAGCAGUGGCUAUUGUGCCAACGGGGGAACUUGCACCAUCUUGACCGCAGGCAGGGUAUUUUGUCUAUGUCCAGCUGGUUAUGGUGGACCAACUUGUAAAACUGAUGCCCGAUGCGAGCUCUCUAUGGACCAGUCUGAUGUCCUGAUUGUGAUAUCGGGCCAGCAGGUUGUAUACCUUCCUGGUGGCUCGGUCGAGUAUGCCUGCCCAGACGGAUAUCUGCUUAGUGGAUCCACUUUCAGGAUUUGUCAGGCAGAUUUCACCUGGGUACAUUUUGCUCACUGCGUGCUUACCGAUGACCAGUCCGAUGUCCUGAUUGUGGUACCGGGUCAGCAGGCUGUAUACCUUCCUGGUGACUCGGUCGAGUAUGAAUGCCCGGACGGAUAUCUGCUGAGUGGAUCGACCGUCAGGAUUUGUCAGGCAGAUUUCACCUGGGCAGGACAGCAAGCUGAAUGCAAAGAAGAUUUCUGUGGUACCGGACCGUGUAUAAAUGGAGGAACCUGUUCAAAUACACACACUGGAUUCAUCUGUCAGUGCCCUGAUGGCUACGAAGGACCAACAUGUGAACAAGUUGCUAGUUGUAUGCUGUUUGACUCGCUGGAUGUCCUGAUGGUGGUAUCGGGUCAGCAGGCUGUAUACCUUCCUGGGGACUCGGUUGAGUUUGCCUGCCCGGACGGAUAUCAUCUCAGUGGGUCUGCCUCGCGGUUCUGUCAGUCAGACUUAACCUGGUCUGGACAGCCAGCUGAAUGCAAUCAAGACUCCUGUGUCAGUGGACCUUGUUUGAACAGGGGGACUUGCACCAGUGAACCAGACGGGUUCACCUGCCUGUGCCAUGCUGGCUACGACGGAGUGACAUGUCAAAAUGUUGUCCAUUGUGUGCUCACCCUAAACUCAUCCGAUGUCGUGAUGGUGGUACCGGGUCAGCAGGUUGUAUACCUUCCUGGUGACUCAGUCGAGUAUGCCUGCCCAGACGGAUAUCUGCUUAGUGGAUCGACCGUCAGGGUUUGUCAGGCAGAUUUCACCUGGACGGGAGAGCCAGCUGAGUGCAAAGAAGAUUCCUGUGUCAGUGGACCUUGUGUGAACGGUGGAUCUUGCACUAGUGCACCAGGCGGAUUCACUUGCUUGUGUCAAGAUGGCUACAACGGGAUGACGUGUGAAAAUGUUGUCCAUUGUCUGCUCACCCUCAACUCAUCCGAUGUCGUCAUGGUAGUAUCUGGACAGCAGGCUGUAUACCUUCCUGGUGACUCGGUUGAAUACGUCUGCCCAAACGGAUAUCUGCUUAGUGGAUCCACUGUCAGGAUUUGUCAGGCAGAUUUCACCUGGACGGGACAGCAAGCUGAAUGCAAAGAAGAUUUUUGUGGUGCCGGACCAUGUAUAAAUGGAGGAACCUGUUCAAAUACACACACUGGAUUCAUCUGUCAGUGCCCUGCUGGCUACGAAGGACCAACUUGUGAAGUCGUUGCUAGCUGUUUACUUUUGCGUGACACAUCCGAUGUCCUGAUGGUGCUAUCGGGUCAGCAGGCUCUAUACCUUCCAGGAGACUCGGUUGAGUAUGGCUGCCCGGACGGCUAUCAUCUCAACGGAUCAGCCACGAGGCUUUGCCGAUCGGACUUUACAUGGUCUGGGCAGUCAGCCGAGUGCAAUAGAGACUCGUGUGUCAGUGGACCUUGUAUGAACGGCGGAACUUGCACUAGUGCACGAGACGGGUUCACUUGCCUAUGCCCCGCUGGCUACGAUGGAUUGAAGUGUGAAAAUGUUGCUCAAUGCGUGCUCAACCUCAACUCAUCCGAUGUCCUGAUGGUUGUACCGGGUCAGCAGGCUGUAUACCUUCCUGGUGACUCGGUUGAGUAUGAAUGCCCGGACGGACAUCAGCUUAGUGGAUCGACCGUCAGGAUUUGUCAGAGUGACUUCACUUGGACAGGACAGCCGGCUGAAUGCAUUGAAGAUUUCUGUGGAGUCAGACCGUGCAUAAAUGGAGGAACCUGUUCAGGUACACCGACUGGAUUCACCUGUCAGUGCCCUGCUGGCUACGAAGGACCAACAUGCGAAGUCGUUGCUAGCUGUUUGCUUUCGCUUGACCAAUCCGAUGGUCUUAUUAUGAUAUCGGGUCAGCAGGCUGUAUACCUUCCUGGUGACUUGGUUGAGUAUGAAUACCCGGACGGACAUCAGCUCAGCGGGUCCACAGCUAGGAUUUGUCAGCCUAACUUUACUUGGUCGGGGAAGCCGGCUGAAUGCAAAGAGGAUUUCUGUGGUGUCAGACCGUGCAUUAAUGGAGGAACCUGUUCAGGUACACCGACUGGAUUCACCUGUCAGUGCCCUGCUGGCUACGAAGGACCAACUUGUGAACAAGUUGUUGGCUGUAUGCUCACCCUCAACUCAUCCGAAGUCCUCUUGUUAAUAUCGGGUGAGCAGGCUGUAUACCUACCUGGUGACGUGAUUGAGUAUGGUUGCCCUGACGGAUAUCACCUCAGCGGGUCCACCACGAGAUAUUGUCGGUCAGACUUCACGUGGUCCGGUCAGCCCGUAGAGUGCAUAAAAGAUCAUGCUGCCCAAACAAGAACAUACUACACCCCGGUUGUACCAAUUGUUGGCGGUGGAGUUGGCAGUUUCAUCUUCAUUCUGAUUGUCGUCCUUGCUGUCUUAGCAAUUAAAAGGCGAAAACCACGUCCACGGCUAUAUCAUGCGGUCCAGAACAGACUUGCUACCGAGCUCGGUUGUAUCAUUCCUGGAGAGGGCAUCCAUCCUUUCACGGGGCCGGUAUAUCAGGAAACCAUCCUCGAUAAUGGUUUGACCAACACCUACGAAGAUGUGCCUUCCUGUUUCGGCCAACUUCCACCGCUGCCUGCUAAAACAUGUACUGAGGAUGACGUGGAGACAUACUGUAAAAUGAAAUACUAGUCCUGCGUUUGCACGUACUACAAAUAAAAUACCACCGUUUGUUGAAUUCAACAAACUUGUUCUAAACUCUGUAGUAAAAACUUCUCACCUAAAGCACUAUUUCAUGGGGUGGAUGUGUUAACUGUUGCGCACGCAUGAUGAAGAUUCCUAUGUUACGUGACUAAUUUAAGCAACUGUUUCCUCUUAGGUUAACGUGCCUUUUGUGUGCUUACUGCAUGCUUCUGGUCUCCAUUAAAAAGAGGGAGGUUCGGCUGGCAGAAAAUUGUGUGCUUAGCAGCGCCAUGAAAUUGGGCCCAGUUCAUUAUCCGGUCAAUAUAAUUAUUAAUAACUCGUCGGGCCGAUACUGGAAAUGAGAACAUAUUGAGACUAAGAACCCAAAACACAAUGUUUCAUCUCGAGUUGCUCAAGCUGCACAAGGUACUUGUAAUCUAUUUAAGCUCUCAUUUGGUAGCUUGUGUGAAAAAAACCCCGAUUAU